CUAAUGUUAUUUUUUAAUGUUGGAAUUACAGAGGUUUUCUUUUUUGCAUCAAAUUAUCCUUGCAGUUUGGAAGUUAAGGUGCUAUUAAACAGCUCCCUCCACUUUCGGCAAGACUCAUCUACUUUUGCGCCGUAGAUUCUGUUGGACGAAGGCGCAGGCCAGCGAGGGGAAGAUAUUUUGUUAUGUCAAGCCCAUCCGACGAUCCGCCGAGUAAAACCCCCCAAAAUCCAGUUUCACAGGUUGCACAAGCAAAUGAUGACCGUCAGGAUCCCAAGGUUGAGAUGGAGAAGGAGAUUUCUUCUGCUUCAGUAUUUGUGAACGCAGAACCACCUCGAGAAGAGCAAGUGCAAAAUGCUGUGAGGUUUCUUUCACAUCCAAAGGUUAGGGGAUCUCCUGUUGUCUAUAGAAGAUCAUUUCUUGAGAGAAAGGGUCUCACUAAGGAGGAAAUUGAUGAAGCCUUUCGACGUGUUCCAGAUUCAAACCCAGAUGCCACAACUACUCUGUCUGCUGUUGGUAAGCAAGAUGGGCAGAUAAAAUCUUCAUUAAAUGAUCAGCAACAACAUCCAGUACAGGUCCUGCAAUCCACACCCGUUGGACCUGCCGUUAGCACUUCAAAAGUUGGAGCAAUAUCUCGGUUCCGCUGGUACCAUGGUAUACUCGCCGCGGGUUUUCUGACAGUGGCACAGGUUAUAGCGGCUGUAGUUUUCAAGAGAUUAUUUGUACCCAAGUUGAAGUCUUGGAUUCGCUGGAUUGUAUUGGAAGAAGAUGUAAAAGGUCAGACAAAGAAAUUUGACACCAAACCAAGCAUAGCUGAAGAAGCUGCUGCUGCUGCAAAAUCUGCUGCAACAGCCGCGGCUGAUGUAGCACGAACAAGCCAGGAUAUGUUGAUGACAAACAGUGAAGAAAAGAGAUGCUUGGAGGAACUUAUUAGCAUGUUACGUGUGCAAGCAAGUGAGAUGACAUCACUGAGAGGUGCAAUACAAAAACUGGAAGUUGGGCAUAGUAUUACUAGUAGACAGUCUACGGAGGAGCACAAUAUCAAAGGGUUCUCAUGGACCACCUCUGGGCAGCCUUAUGCUAACGGCAAGGUGGAUUCUGAUUCACGCUCAGUGAGAUCUUUGUCACCACCAGUCUCUGUGGAACCUUCUGUUGCUCCUCACCCGAAGUCGUACAUGGAGAUAAUGGCUAUGAUACAGAGAGGCGAAAAACCAUCAAAUAUUAGGGAAAUCAACGACGCCCCACCAAAUCCCAAUCAACCAUUACCAAAUCCACACUUAGCACCAAAGCCAAAGCCUUGGGAGAUUGGUCAAGGUCAGAGUAGAUCUGCCGGCACUUUUCCAAGUCAAGCAAGCACAAAUGGUUUCUCCAUCGAUGAUCAACUGAAUGGAGACAAUAUUGUGCGAUGGCGGCAGCCAAAUAAUACAAGAACCACCGAAACAGAGAUUGGCAAUGAGCCGAACUUUGGAUUCCCCAGUGUAGCUACUAAUGAAACACUGUUGAAGCGGUCAUGGGUACCUCCCCAGCCGCCUUCUGUUGUGAUGCCGGAAGCAGCUGCUGCCAUUAGGCAGCCGAAGAAAUCUCUGUCCCAGACCGAUACAGAAACAGAUGAUCUUAAAUCAGCAGAUAUAACCGAUGAGUUGCAAAAGAUCACCAAAAUAUCGGAAAUGGGUGGUUCCUUUGAGGCUAAUGGUUCAAAUUCUACACACUCGAAUGAGAUAGCGCCAUCGACAGACGAAAGGGCUUCAUCCUUGAUGGCUUAACUGAACUGAAGAACUAGCGAGGUACCCACCCUCCUACCCUCUGUUGCUUUUAGCCAUAAAAAUAAAAGUGAAGAAUGUGUGUUGGUUGUGGUACAUUUCUCUCCUCUCUCUAAAAAGUAUAUAGAGGAUGGAUAUUCUCUAGUGUUGCCAACCUUGUGCAGCCUGUGGACUUUAUAUAUAUAUAUAUACAUGUAGGGGUGUGUGUGUAUUAUACAUACAAAUACAUGAUAUAAUACAUUGUUUGGUGUGUUUUUGGUGUUUUUUUUUCUACAUGGAAUUACCAUGAGAUAUUAAUUUAGCUUUCCAUUAUGAUGGUGAUUUGUGCUGAUGAUUUUGUUUUCUCGA